UGGGGGAAGGCCAACAUUGCACUUCACUUUUCCAGGAGCUGAAGUCACAGAAGAAAUGCAACAGGAACUAUUCCCUUUUAACACAAUGCAAAGCAAGACUUUGGUGUGUCCGCAAUGAUCACAGAAAAACAGAAAAAUUAAGGAAGUGAUUUUGCCAGAAACAGGAAACCCAAUGCUGCAGUUUAUGAACCAAGACAAACUGAAACAUUCAAUAGAUUUGUGGAACAACCUCAACAAAGAAGACCAUAAACAUCUACGCAAAAACCCAAAGAUCAGAUCAUGGGAGCUCAACAAGUUUGGCAUCUUUCUUUCAUGUCAACCUGGAUAUUUGUCUGUUUCUUCCUUUCUGCAUGCAGAGGAAUGGACGCACCAGAACUCAGCCUUCAGAAUCAAGUUUUCGUGGGAUUAAGAGGCGAAAAUCUCGAUAUUGUCUAUCAGUUGAAGAUUCCAGUGAACCAAAGCCGUGACACCUUGACCUGCUCCGAUUCUCUCCAAAAUGAGAUAUAUAAGAUUGACAUCCAAGAGACUCACAUGGCACACAUUUUCAAGCAAACAUUGAACCUGAAAAACCUGAGCAUUUCAGGAGAAUACAGCUGUAAAUAUAAAACAGCCAAAGUGUAUUGGUUUCUUCGUGUGAGAAAUGAGGGCUUCAGGCAGCAGGUCCUUUUAGAUAACGAAACAAUCAUUGCGGUCACCGUCUUCACGGGUGUGCUGCUGGUUUUCAGUGUGGUCGGGUCAGUGUAUGUCUUCAGAGGACAUGUGAAAGAUUGCAUCACUGAAUGUGGCAACCGAAAGCAGGACAGUGAAGAAAGGCAAGAGAGAGAGAUGGAGGAACAAAACAUCAAUGCAAUAACAGCUCCUUCUACGUCUUUCUAUGCAAGUCUCGAGACUCGGCCCAGGUCCAUUUAUGAUGUGCUGGACCACUCAGCUGCUAAGAAAGAGCCAAACCAAAAAAAAGCUAAACCCAACAAAAAGGAGCCGCAAGAAAAGAUGCCACAAACCCCACAAGACCAGAAUGAAGGCACGUUUGAUGCUGUCUAUGAGAAUUUUUGAAUCAUACAUAAACAUGUGAAUUGUUGCAAUGUUUUGACCAUCAGGGCUAGAGUGAAUGCAUAUGUUUUAAAUUCAAUUGUCAUGUUUCAAUGAGUUCCUCUCUCAAAUGCAGCGGAGCAAAAUGAUAAAAUAGCAUACAUUUUUCAGCUCUGUACUGCACACUUGUACUACAGAGUCUGAUUCUUGCAACGUUUCUUCUUAUUUACAUGUUUUAUGGCUGAAGGAGGAGGAAUCUACAAGCCAUGUGUGUUCAGAAGUCUAAUUUAUGAAUGUGAUUGCAAGAUUAAUGACUUCAAUCAUUUUGGGGCUUAUUUAACAUAAGGUUUAGUGUGUUAGGUUAAGUCAAGUUAUUUCCUUUUUUAUCCAUGUGAUUUUAUUUUUAAACAGGAUUUGUAUGUAUUUGACCCCAAGUAGUAUAUUGCAUUUUAUCUGUAACCUGAGGCUAUAAUAAAGUGUUCUGAUUACAAUUUUGACAUUUCAUUCUUUGAUAUGGGCUAUGGUGACCAAUGAAAUUGUGAGGUGUCGAUACUACGAGCCAAUGGCAACGCUCCAUUCAGCUGCACUUCCUGGUUCGGUUUGUUGUGUUUUUCUGCGUUAAUCAUGGCUGCAGAGGGGGAUUUUCUGGCGAGAUACCGUGCUGUGUCGAAUAAACUAAAGAAACGUUUUCUCCGGAAACCCAAUGUAGCGGAGGCGAGUGAGCAGUUUGGUCAGUUAGCAAAGGAGCUGAAGCAGCAGGACUGCCUUCAGUAUGCGGCUUUCUGUAACCUGGCCAUGGCUCGGUGUGAGCAGACUCUCUUUAACGCUCCGGGAGAGGCGCUGGCCUUAACCGAUGCUGCCCGCCUUUUCCUCACGUCUGAGAAGGAGAACAGGGCGCUGCAGGCCCCGGGCUUCGACGAGCAUCUUCAGGCUGCACUCAACUGCUACAGUUUUGCCAUCAAGGUGCACAUUGAGAUGAACCAGCCUGUGAUGGCAGCCAGCCAGUUAGAACUUGGCAACGCACUCAAGGAGAUGAACAGACCCGGGGAGGCUAUAGUUCAUUACCAGAGGGCUGCAGAGUUGCAGACACAGACGCCAAUUGAAGCGCUGCUGUCGAUGGGAGAAAUGGCUACUUGUAAAAUUCUCACCCGGGAUUACGAUGGUGCUCUGUCAGUGUUCACAGAGAUGCAGCUGAUGUGCCAGGAGAGAGGACUGCAGCUUCCAGGCAUCAGCACCCCUGUUGGGGCUUUUUUGGACAUUGUUGCAAAAUGUGAGGUGUCCAGAGUACUACUGCUGAUGUUGCUUGAGCCUCCACCUCAGAAGCUGCUACCAGAACACGCCCAGACCCUAGAGAGGUACGCAUGGGAGUCUUUCGACCCUCACAGCCAAGUGACCUUCCUGCCUGAGAAUGUUUUCCUGCUCCUGCAGUCCGUGGUGAUGGCAUGUCAGGAGAAAGACACAGAGUCCCUCAAGUCUCUUCAGACUGAGCUAUGGCCAUUUUUGAGUGCUGAGCAGAACCAUCUUCUCCAUCUGGUGGUUCAGGAGCGCAUCACGCCGUCUGGCCAAGGCAUUUAGUGCAGUCAAGGUUUUAGUCACUUCCUCUGGGAGCGGUACUUUAUAUAACGGAACAUUCCUGUUUCUGACUGGGUCUGUUGUAGGGCCUGAAGAAGAGUUGUUUUCAAAACCUCAAUGUUGUAACUUGCAGAAAUGAUUGCAAUGCAAAACUUUUGACCUUAUUAAGUCUGUGAAAAUCCAAUCGCAUUUUUAAGAAGUAUUUAGGAUGCUAAUUUCGGAGUUAGUUUGAAUUAAUUUUAAUAUAAUCUUGUGUCCUCUCGAGUUAUGACUACUGAAUCGGUCCACAUUUAUUAUGUAACAGUGUCUUUGUUGCAUUAAGCGCAGUUAAAAAAUGAAACAUGAAGGCUUUGUGUUAUGAUUUGUUUUAUUAAUAAAUGAUAUGGCUUAAAUUCCAAUGUAAUUACAAAAACACAAACCUAUUGCAUAGUUUUGAAUUAUGGUGAAAUGAAACACCCUUGCCCUCCAUCCCUUGUUCACUUUAUGUUCACCUGUACACAUUGCAUGUACUUUUCUUAUGAUAGCAGCCAACUACACACACGAAAUCAACCAAAAACACCUGAUACAAAAUGUUACAAAAAUAUAAUGGUUACAAUGUACACUUAAUAACAAAGGAUACACUAUACUUCAGUUGUAAAAUAAUGAUACAUGAUUAAACUUGUACUAUAUACUAAG